AUGGAGCUGCGGGGGGCCGAGGGGCUGCAGAAGAUCCAGGAUGCCUAUGGGGACGUCGGUGGGCUCUGCAGGAGGCUUAAGACCUCACCCACAGAGGGCCUGGCGGACAACAGCAAUGACCUGGAGAAGCGCAGGCAGAUCUAUGGGCAGAACUUCAUCCCUCCCAAGCAGCCCAAGACCUUCCUGCAGCUGGUGUGGGAAGCCCUGCAGGACGUGACUCUCAUCAUCCUGGAGGUGGCCGCCAUCGUCUCCCUGGGCCUCUCAUUCUAUGCACCUCCUGGAGAAGAGAGCGAAGCCUGCGGGAACGUGUCAGGUGGGGCAGAAGACGAGGGUGAGGCCGAGGCCGGCUGGAUCGAGGGGGCCGCCAUCCUGCUGUCUGUCAUCUGCGUGGUGCUGGUCACAGCCUUCAACGACUGGAGCAAGGAGAAGCAGUUCCGAGGCCUGCAGAGCCGCAUCGAGCAGGAGCAGAAGUUCACCGUGAUUCGGAAUGGGCAGCUCCUGCAGGUCCCUGUGGCCGCGAUGGUGGUGGGGGACAUUGCCCAGGUCAAGUAUGGAGACCUGCUGCCUGCUGACGGUGUGCUCAUCCAGGCCAACGACCUCAAGAUCGAUGAGAGUUCGCUGACAGGCGAGUCAGACCACGUGCGCAAGUCGGCUGACAAAGACCCCAUGCUGCUGUCGGGCACUCAUGUCAUGGAAGGUUCCGGAAGAAUGGUGGUGACAGCUGUCGGUGUCAACUCCCAGACGGGCAUCAUCUUUACGUUGCUUGGAGCUGGCGGGGAGGAGGAGGAGAAGAAGGAUAAGAAAGGCAAGCAGCAGGACGGGGCGAUGGAGAGCAGCCAGACCAAAGCUAAGAAGCAGGAUGGGGCAGUGGCCAUGGAGAUGAAGCCCCUGAAGAGUGCAGAGGGCGGAGAGGUGGAGGAGCGGGAGAAGAAGCGGGCCAGCGUGCCAAAGAAGGAGAAGUCCGUCCUGCAGGGGAAGCUCACCAAGCUGGCCGUGCAGAUUGGGAAGGCAGUAUUCACCACUGAGGCCGGUCCGCAGACCAGGGACAGCGCGGCUGGCUCCCGGGAGGAGGAGGCACCCAGCCGGGCCGGGGUGGUUCUGCCGACCCAUCAGUCAGCACAGAAGACUUUGCAGCGAGCCAACCUGCACUGCCGUUGGGCAGGGCUGCCGGCUAGUACCGACUCAGGUCCCAGGUCCCACGUGUGCACUAAAAUGAUGAAGGACAACAACCUGGUGCGCCACCUGGAUGCCUGCGAGACCAUGGGCAACGCCACGGCCAUCUGCUCCGACAAGACAGGGACGCUCACCACCAACCGCAUGACCGUGGUCCAGUCCUACCUAGGGGACACCCACUACAAAGAGGUUCCAGCGCCCAGCGCCCUCAACCCCAAGAUCCUCGACCUCCUGGUCCACGCCGUCUCCAUCAACAGUGCCUACACCACCAAAAUACUACCUCCAGAGAAGGAAGGCGCCCUCCCACGCCAAGUGGGCAAUAAGACCGAGUGUGCCCUGCUGGGCUUCAUCCUGGAUCUGAAGCGAGACUUCCAGCCCGUGCGGGAACAGAUUCCCGAGGACAAGCUUUACAAAGUGUACACCUUCAACUCGGUCCGCAAGUCCAUGAGCACAGUCAUCCGCGGGCCCGAUGGCGGCUUCCGCCUCUUCAGUAAGGGCGCCUCGGAGAUCCUGCUCAAAAAGUGCACCAACAUCCUGAACAGCAACGGCGAACUCCGAGGCUUCCGGCCUCGGGACCGGGAUGACAUGGUGAAGAAGAUCAUUGAGCCAAUGGCCUGCGAUGGCCUCCGCACCAUCUGCAUCGCCUACCGGGACUUCUCUGCAGGCCAGGAGCCCGACUGGGACAACGAGAGCGAGGUUGUGGCGGAGCUCACCUGCAUAGCCGUCGUGGGCAUCGAGGACCCUGUGCGGCCCGAGAUAGAACAAGAGCGGCGGUACAAGGUGUGGCCCAAGUUGAGGGUGCUCGCCCGGUCAUCGCCCACCGACAAGCACACCCUGGUCAAAGGGAUCAUUGACAGCACCACGGGUGAGCAGCGGCAGGUGGUGGCUGUGACCGGGGAUGGCACCAACGAUGGGCCAGCCCUGAAGAAGGCAGAUGUGGGCUUCGCCAUGGGCAUCGCUGGCACCGAUGUGGCCAAGGAGGCCUCGGACAUCAUCCUGACAGACGACAACUUCACCAGCAUCGUCAAGGCGGUGAUGUGGGGCCGCAACGUCUACGACAGCAUCUCCAAGUUCCUGCAGUUCCAGCUGACCGUCAACGUGGUGGCCGUGAUCGUGGCCUUCACGGGCGCCUGCAUCACGCAGGUGGGCGGCUGCACUCGGAAGGCUCGGGGGCUUCGGGCCGGCUCUCGGUUGCAGACCUUUGUCUCGGAGAUGGAAUUCGGUGGGCCCUCCUCCAACCUGGAGUGCGCGCGCACGGUGGCCGCUGAGCAGGACGGCCCACAGACCCACUCACCCGCUGACGUCACCACUCACCCUCCAGGGAACAGCCACUUGGCUGUUUUGCAGGAGAUCAUGGAGGAGGAGGACAGGGAGGGCCAGGGUUCUGGGGUCAUCUGGGAGGACCUUGCUCUGAUUUCUCGGGAGCAGAAGCCUCCCGUCAGCAACCCAGGGCUAAGCCCAGCCCCAGCGCAAGCUGCACCAGAGCGGAGAGCUGCCCCGGGGGGAGAGCUCUUCUUCGACGUGGACAGCGGCAGGGAAGCCCCCCAGCCUCCCCCCGGCGGGCUGGUCAGCUCAGUGGCAGUGGGCCGGCUAAGCGUGCGCAAGUGCAAGGUGUCAGGUAUUGCCUGUCGGAAAAGUCUAUGCGCUUUUCAUAGAAUAACAGAAAAAAUAUGUCCUGACUUUUCCGCCAAUCCAGUACCUCAGAGGUGCACCCCGCCAUCCCUGCAGAUCGUCAUCGUGCAGUUCGGCGGGAAGCCCUUCAGCUGCUCGCCCUUGUCCACGGAACAGUGGCUCUGGUGCCUGUUCGUUGGUGUCGGGGAGCUAGUCUGGGGACAGGUCAUCGCCACCAUCCCCACCAGCCAGCUCAAGUGCCUGAAGGAGGCAGGGCACGGGCCUGGGAAGGAUGAGAUGAGCGACGAGGAGCUGGCCGAGGGGGAGGAGGAGAUUGACCACGCCGAGCGUGAGCUCCGCAGGGGCCAGAUCCUCUGGUUUCGGGGCCUGAACCGCAUUCAGACGCAGAUCCGGGUGGUGAAAGCAUUCCGCAGCUCACUCUAUGAAGGCCUGGAGAAGCCAGAAUCCAAGACCUCCAUCCAUAACUUCAUGGCGACGCCCGAGUUUGUGAUCAACGACUACACCCACAACAUCCCGCUCAUCGAUGACACGGACGUGGACGAGAACGAGGAGCGCCUGCGGGCCCCCCCACCCCCACCCCCAAACCAGAACAACAACGCCAUAGACAGCGGCAUCUACCUGACCACGCAUGUCACCAAGUCAGCUACCUCUUCGGCGUUCUCUUCCAGUCCUGGGAGCCCACUCCACAGCGUGGAGACGUCCCUCUAACCGGAACUGCUCUCGGCACACGCACACACGCAUGCACGCACACAGGGGCGGCCCGCACACCUGCAAGACGGAAGGCAACUCUGGCGGCGGCGGAAGACUUCUCUUGCACGCAUCUGCGAGAGGCCCAAUCCGUUCAGUACGGUGCCGCACACAAACAGGCUUCUCCCUGGGGACCCGACAGGAGGAAGAAGCUGCUCUUCACCCGAAGGGGAAGGAGGAAAAAGCCAAGGGUGAAGAAUUGCGUUCUACCUUUUUUCUACUGACGCUGCUUUCUUAAUGAGCACGGCAAUUCCACGGGAGCCGUCUGCUGGGGCAGGGGGCCGGCUGGGGGGUCAGGAGCUUUGCUGCUCCCAUGCGAGAGCAAGCAGAGCCACAUAUUCAUGCAGGGCCACUCUGAAGGGCGCCACUGCCCAGCCCCAGUGUGUGCGCGUGUGCGUGUGCAUACAAGUGUAUGUGUGCAUAUACAUGCACACGUACGUGAGACCGGAUGCAUAUUUAAAGGGGAGGAACUAUUUAUUGGCAUGAUAUUUCCAUUGCUCUUACCAGGCAUUUUCAUUUUGAAAUUCCAUUACUGAAUGUAAUAGGUUUUUUUUUCAGGGAACCAGACAGCAAGACAUCUCUUUUGGGUUCAUAUCUUUUCACCCAUAGCCCGGGCUCCCAGCACUCCUCCCCUCUGCCCAGCCCUGAUGAGACCCCCAAGGAGGAGGUCUGGGGCCGUCCCAGUCAGACCCCGUGCACUUGAAGGCCCUUGUCUAUGGAGGAGAAAAACAUUCCGCUGUGUUUGGGCUCUAAGAGGAGAAUCCCACAGUGCUGGUGGAAGGCCGAAUCCGGUUUGCAGCUUAAUUGUGGCCGGUGGCCGGUGGCCUGCUUUGUCCAUACGCCCAACUUCAAGGGCAAAAAGUGCUGUGUGUGACACACAGGGCCAUUGGGCCUGGCCCGGAACCCUGGGAGCAACCUGGAGACCACAGAGACCACCCCAGUGUCGGAACAUGGCUGUAGGUCACACCCCCGGCCCCUCGCACCUCAGACUGGAUUCCCACUUUUUGCUUUGGCAAAUGCCAGAAAGUCCUCCCAGGACCACCUCGGCGUCUGCCACAGCGCAAGAGGCACCACCCGACCCCACGCCGGCCUUCUCAUCCAGAGGACAAGGAUGACCCAGGAAGGCUGCCGCUUCUCACAUCGGGGAAGCAAAUGCAGAAGCAAAGCCCCUCGGCGCAUGGCUUUGUCGCUCAGCGCGCCCGUGGCUCUUCCUCCCAGGCCCUCAGGAGCCUCUCCUGACAAGGUGGGCACCCACUGCGCCAAGCCAGAUUCCCGAGUGAUAAACUGGGAGGAAAAUGUAGACACAGAAGAGGGACUACAGAGGGGCCUGACGGUGCUGCCCACUGAGGAAGGCCACCCUCCCCAGGUUCCAAGUAUGACACCAUGACACUCCUGCAGUUCCGUUACCUUCUGAGCUCCUGGGUGUCACCUUCACAGGGAGGUGGCCCGGUGCAGCCACAGCUGCUGUGUGGGAGCUGAGGGCCGGGC